UGAUACACAUACUCGGAUAUUUGUGUGCGUUGGUUAAUCGGUUCUAACGGAACAUUUGGCCUUUCAUUGGCUCAACUACAAACUUAAUUUCUGAUACAGCCUAUCCAAGUGAUAAUAUAUAUUUACGUGAAUUGUAUUGGCUAUUUGUCCUAUUUAAGGGACCAGAGGCCAUUAAAACCAUAAAAACCAUAAGAAAGAAAGUUUGUAAAUAUUGUUCCCGGCACAGUGAUAAUUGACUAACUACAUUCUCGGUUAUUUGUGUGUGUUAACUGAACUGUACUAACGGAAUAUUCAGCCUUUCAUUGGUUCAACUACAAACUUAAUUCUAAUACAGCCUAUCCAAGUGAUAAUAUACGUGAAUAAAUAAAUAUACGUGAAUAUAAUACGUGAAUUGUAUUGGCUAUUUGUCCUAUUUAAUUUUAAAGGACCAGAGGCCAUUAAACCAAGAGAAAGAAAGAAAGAAAGACGUUUCUUGAUUUUGAGGUUAUAUUCUAUAUAUUACGUCAAAUAUCAACGAUCAACAUGAAUGAAGAGAUAACUAAAUUUGAUAGUUCUCUCAAUAAAAACCACAAUUUUAAUUUUCAUCAUAAUGAAAAAGUUACACUUGAUGCUAAUAAGGAUUUACCUGUGUUAGAUAGACAUAAAAAUCUAAUUAAUUUUUAUUAUCGUUUUCGAGGAGGCUAUAAAAAAGACAUUCAAGAAGACACGUCACGGGAUAAAAAUGAUUUCGACGUAAUUCGAGAAAAUCAUAAAUUUCUCUGGGAUGAAGAUGAUGAUCAAGAAGACGAACCAGAAUCAUGGGAAGCACGUCUUGCUAAAAAGUAUUAUGACAAAUUGUUUAAGGAAUAUUGCAUUUCCGACUUGACUCAUUAUAAAUAUAAUAAGAUAGCAUUGCGAUGGCGGACAGAGAAAGAAGUAAUUGAAGGCAAAGGUCAAUUUCAAUGUGGAAACAAAAAAUGUGGCAAUAAAUAUCAACUCCGAUCAUGGGAAGUAAAUUUUGGUUAUAUGGAACAUGGAGAGAAAAAGAAUGCUUUAGUAAAAUUAAGAUUGUGUCCUGAAUGCUCAGUUCAAUUAAAUUAUCGAUCAAAAAAACGUGAAAUUAAAAGAAAAAAAUCACUCAAACGAUUACAUCAUUGCUCAAUAUCACAAGAUCAUUCUGGUCCAUCGCGUCAAAUUGAAACUGAUGUCAAAGAAACAGAUAAUGCGGAAAGUUCAUCGUCCGAAGAAUCCUUAUUGACAAAGGAAACCUUAACAACAAAUGAGAAUCAAAACGAAUCAGAUAUUUGGAAAAAUAUACCAACCGAAGAAGAAAAAACAAGAGAAGACGAAUUUGAGGAAUAUUUGGCUGAUUUAUUGCUUUGAUUCGUAGUAAAAAAAAUUCUCACUUACUAAUUUACGCAUUUGUUUAAAAUAAAUUUUUUAAAUUCUACAGGUAACAUGAAUUUAUUAAAAAUAAAAUAAAACUUUAUAGCACCUUACAUUGUGCAUUUACAAUAUUUAAAACUGUACAAUCGUCACUGACAAAAAUAUUCUUUUCAAUUUUGAAGAAUUCUAUUGAUUAUUUAAUGAGUUUUGUUUAAAUUGAAACUAAUAAAAAGUUGCAGCUUA